AUCAUUAUCUUCUCUCUUCUCAUAGUUUCGUUGCGCGAUUUUCACCUGUUGUGCUAAGGGUUACGAUCAUGGAGGAAUCUUCUGUUUCGAUGGAUGUUAAGUGUCCUCCUCUUAAGAUUCCGAAGUUGGAUAAAGAUUGCGAAGGAUCGAAACCUUCCUCAAAACAUCGCGUGCACAAGUGGGGAGGAGAGGACGAUGACGAAUACUUGCGACAGUAUUUGUUGUACCACUAUCAAUUCGAGAAAACUGAGGGUUUCUUGAUUAAGUGGGAGCAAUUUGAUUACCUAUUCCGUAGUAGAUCGUUGGAUGUUUCAAAAUCUAUAAGCGAGUCAAAAAGAAGCAAUGCAGAAUUGAUCCGUGAGUUGACACUCACUGCUAUCGAGAAACAGAACGAAGCUCAAGGAACAAAGCUUGUGUUUGUCGAACAUGUUCAGGCAAAUUACCAAUUUACCAGUGGUCUUCAAUGCUGGCUUACGUUUUGGGCUGUAGAUAUGGGUUCAUCCACUCCUGAAUCUAAAAUCUAUCAAGCAAAAGUGUGGCGUCGCGGUAAACAGUUUCAUACUUUUUUCUUCAGGCUCAAACCGACGGACGAAGAGAUUGAUGCAGUUGAAGUGCAACCUCCCCCACCCUUGUGUUAUGAAUUUGAUAAACCACCUAUUGUCUUUUCUGUGGCUGGUCCUGAAGAUGAUCCAUUGCCUGGAGUCCCCUUUAUCUUCAAUCGAACUUGACUUGGUCUUGAUCCUGAUAGGUUCAUCCGAUGUUGGUCUUGAUCCCGUUAUAGCUUCUUUCCCGACCAGAAAAUGUCUGCCAAUCUCUUUGGGAUAGACUAGUAUUAUUUCCUACUCACCAAUUAAUAGUUAUUAGUGGUCUAAAAAUUUCUUCUUGAUGGUUCAUAAGAGAAGACAUGCAAUGUUGUCAAUCUAGUAUCCGAACUCCAUUCAGAGUGUUGGGUUGGAGACGUUUACAAACCAGAAACACAAUGAUUAUAAGUCA